AUGUCGGAUUUUCAGGACACACUUUCAGCUUUUCCUAGAGAGUUGAUGCGGGAGGACUUUGGCGCUUUCAUCGCGCAUUAUUCUUGCGAGGCGAAUGGCGUUGUGACAAACCAUGUUUUCCAUGGAAGAAAUGAUCCCCGACGCAUGUCUGCGUUUCUUCAAUUUAUGUCGUUGAUUGCCUCAAUCCUCUUGCUGGUUGCUGUAGGAGUCCAGUAUGCACAACAUGUCAAAAAUCUGCAGUUGCAGACCGAACGAUGGGCUAAGCUCAAUUCCAUGUCGAAGCGCUGCCUCGUGUCUGAGUAUCACAAACGCGAGCGAGCCUGCUCCGUGUACGAUGAACUGCAUGCGAAGCUCGUCGUGCUACGCCGCAAGCUGCUUGUCGCGAUUCAACAGUCGCCAUUGACAUUGGAAGCUACCAUCUUUGACACAGAGCUAUUUGAUUUGAUUGGCACGGAAUCUACUCACAAGGAGGUGCAUCGCCAAAGAUGUACUUCAUGGGAAAUGGCCUUAGCAACUAGUUAUUCAAUUUUUGAUACUGCCAAAAUUGGUGCCUGUGUAACCUGCGUGAAGAAGAAGUUGAGCCUUGUUGAAUGGCUAGAUGGCAUCGAACCCGCAAAGCUCGACACAAAUACCCUGGAACAUAUCUCAAUUAACUUAAAAAGGUUUCUUUCUCGCGUCGUGCAAGUGAAGGCCGUGCGCAAUGCUGCGAUUGCAAACUCCUGCGUUGUCUGCCUCGAUGGGGCAAGGGAUGUCCUCUUGCUGGACUGUAUGCACCUCGUCCCCAUAAUGCUUUCUUUGGACACGGGGAUGUGUGGCAAUCUUAUGUGCUGCCCCCCCUGCGAGAAGGGGGGGUGGCCCAGGCCCUCUGAGGUCCCGCGUUUCCGGUUCCUGAGCCCUUGGUUCUUGAGCCCUUGUGUGGUCCCUUGCGGGCUCCCGCCCUGCAAUCCGCAGCAGUGGCGGCGAGAAACGACGCCUCGGCGGCGUCGAAUCGAGCAAAAGCUGGGUUCUCAUCGGCCGGAAUCCUCGGACAAAAAGACUGCACUUAGAUGA